CCUUCUCCGUCCUAAACAGAGUUGUCUGCCAAAGAGCUUGUUUGUAGUUUAUGUAAACUAAUCAUGUUCUAUCAAACAGUUAAAAAAUAAGGGUGCUGGGUAAGGUUUAUGGGGAGAUUCAGACCUUAUUAAUGAACACUAUACAAAUUGUACUCCAUUAUUAAUGAGUACAAGAUAGGUUUUAAGGCUAACCAUCCUAAAACUAGUUAUUCAUAGUGCUAGUGUAUAUUAUAUAUAUGAAAAGGUUGAUUUGAGUGACUUGUGUUCUAACUGUAGAAAGCAGUUAGACCAAUUAACCACUAAGCAGUAUUACCAUCUUUGACAUUGACACCAGACAGAUUUGGUGGUGGUUAUUUAUUCAUAUAAUUCAGGAUACUUAUUAAUUAUAAAAAGUCUUUUUGAAAGCCAAAAAAUUUUAUGGAUAUUUUAAUAAAAUUACUGGGAAAUUGAAGAAGCAGCAAAGUGUAAGGAAGGAAGUAGCAAGAUGCCGUUGCCCAUUACUUGACUGAAUUAUUUCUUACUGUCUGUUCCUGAAGGGUCCUUGUGUACAAAUCUUUACCUGUGAUUAUUUCCUGAGUAGAUUCUAAGAAGAGGCAUUUUCAAGUUAAAGGUGCUCCAUGUGCAUCCCUCUUGAAGCUUCGCACUCUAUUGAAGAGGACACUCAUCCCAGUCACUAUUUAGAAGCACGAUGCUUGAAUGAGAGAGAUUAUCGGGACCGGAGAUACAUUGAUGAAUACAGAAAUGACUACUGUGAAGGAUAUGUUCCAAGACAUUACCAUAGAGACAUUGAAAGCACUUACCGGAUCCACUGCAGUAAAUCCUCAGUCCGAAGCAGGAGAAGCAGUCCUAAAAGAAAGCGUAAUAGACACUGUGCAAGUCAUCAUUCACAUUCGAAGAGCCACCGAAGGAAAAGAUCCAGGAGUAUAGAGGAUGAUGAGGAGGGUCACCUGAUCUGUCAAAGUGGAGACGUUCUAAGAGCAAGAUAUGAAAUCGUGGACACUUUAGGUGAAGGAGCCUUUGGCAAAGUUGUAGAGUGCAUUGAUCAUGGCAUGGAUGGCUUACACGUAGCAGUGAAAAUUGUAAAAAAUGUAGGCCGUUACCGGGAGGCAGCUCGCUCUGAAAUACAAGUGUUGGAGCACUUGAACAGCACUGACCCCAACAGUGUCUUCCGAUGUGUCCAGAUGCUAGAAUGGUUUGAUCAUCAUGGUCAUGUUUGUAUUGUGUUUGAGCUGCUGGGACUUAGUACCUAUGAUUUUAUUAAAGAAAAUAGCUUUCUGCCAUUUCAAAUCGAUCACAUCAGGCAAAUGGCUUAUCAGAUCUGCCAAUCUAUAAAUUUUUUACAUCAUAAUAAAUUAACUCAUACGGAUCUAAAACCUGAAAAUAUUUUAUUUGUGAAGUCUGACUAUGUUGUUAAAUAUAAUUCUAAAAUGAAACGAGAUGAGCGCACAUUGAAAAACACAGAUAUCAAAGUUGUUGACUUUGGAAGUGCAACAUAUGAUGACGAACAUCAUAGUACUUUGGUGUCCACACGACACUACAGAGCUCCAGAGGUCAUUUUGGCUUUAGGUUGGUCUCAGCCUUGUGAUGUUUGGAGCAUAGGCUGCAUUCUUAUUGAGUAUUACCUUGGGUUCACAGUCUUUCAGACUCAUGAUAGCAAAGAGCACCUGGCAAUGAUGGAGCGGAUAUUAGGACCCAUCCCAGCACACAUGAUCCAAAAGACAAGGAAACGCAAGUAUUUUCACCAUAACCAACUAGAUUGGGAUGAACAUAGUUCAGCUGGGAGAUAUGUUAGGAGGCGUUGCAAGCCAUUAAAGGAAUUUAUGCUCUGUCAUGAUGAAGAGCAUGAGAAGCUCUUUGACCUGGUUCGAAGAAUGUUGGAGUAUGACCCAACAAAAAGGAUUACCUUGGAUGAAGCAUUGCAGCACCCUUUCUUUGACUUAUUAAAAAAGAAAUGAAUGGGAAUCAGUGGUCUUCCUAUAUACUUCUCUAGAAGCAAUUACUUUAAGACUGUGUCAGUCAACUAAACAUUCUAAUAUUUUUGUAAACAUUAAAUUAUUUUGUACAGUUAAGUGUAAAUACUGUAUGUUUUGUAUCAAUAGCAUAACUACCUUGUUAAGUAUGGUGUUGAUAAUGAAUGCAAUAUAAGAGUUAAAAUGAUUUUCCUUUUGAUGUUUGUUGCCAUUUUUAAAGGCCUUUGGAAUAUCCUUUGUGUCCAGUGAUAAACGUGAUUGGUCUUGUCUUUUGUACAUGAAGGUUGACUAAAGUGAUUUUUUUUUUCUCUUCAAGUAAAAGGAAAUCUUGA